CAAUCUUCUACGAAUCCGCGUUUUAGUUCCUUUGUUCUCUUUUUUCUCAAAAAGUCCAACGUAUCAAAAGAAUGAGAUUAGGUUGGGACAUUAAAAAAUAUGGUGGUGGGCAUCCAUUAACGUCUACCUCAAUGAUCUCUCUCAGGGUGGCAAUCUCGUAAAUUUCUCCAAAUUCAAGGUCAACAACUCUCAUUCCCCAACUCUACUUAUAUAGCAACGCACAUGGCAAGCUCAAAGUCAUUAGGCCACAACUUGUCAGAUUAUACUAGCCUCCAAAAGUAAAAGAAGGGAAAAAAAUCCUCGCCGGAGAGAGAAAUUUCGGAGCAAGAAAAAAGGAAGUAUUCCGGCGAAGAAAGGGAGAGAAAGAAAAAUCAUGUCAGGUUCUUCAUCUCUAUCGAUUGCCUUGGCUCUGUGUCUGUUGACAACAGCUGUGGUUCUUUCCACGGUUUGUGCUGGUGGGGAGCAGUUCUACGAUUCGGCCGAUAUGGGUUGGUUGAUUCCGGCGGGAUCUGGGUUGGUCGGCGACGCGGAAGCGGAGUUCGAGCUGGAUUCGGAAUCCAACAGGCGUAUAUUAGCCACAACGCGCUACAUCAGCUACGGUGCGCUGCAGAGGAACAGCGUCCCCUGCUCCAGGCGUGGACAGUCCUACUACAACUGCCGGCCCGGAGCUCCGGCGAAUCCCUACACCCGCGGGUGCAGUGCCAUCACCCGAUGCCGGAGUUAGUUUAAUUCAUACCCAAAAUCCCCAUCGGCUCUUUGUCUCCCACCCCCUUUUGACUCUUUCUUUUUGUUGAGUAAAUGAUUUUUUUUAAAAAAAUUUAUCCUCAUUGAUUAUAUAUACUGAAGAGAGUGAUGGGAUUGGAAAAAAAAGAAAAAAAACAGAAGGAUUAGAUGAUUGGUGUUUGGUCGGAAAAACUUGGGAUUCUUUGCGACGAUGAUGUUGUCUUCAUGUACUACUAUCUUUUAACUAGUGUUUUGUCAAUAAUGUGAUUGGAUAUGUACAAUAUACUACAUCUUUUUUUACAGUCAAUUGUUGUCCCUUCUUUCGUUUGCAUUUCAAUUCAAUCAGUUCUCUUGAUUAUAUUAUCCGGGUCUUGAUCUCUGUUCUAGUUCCGGUUGGUCAAAUUUUUCUCCGCACUAAGUUCUUCAAUACUUGCAGUCGAGCGCAUUUUUCAUCAGGGUAACCUUGUUUAUUCAUUAUCGUCGAGUUUAGAAAGGAAGGAGAUUUGAUUCAGAAGUCUUUAAUGUUCCUCUGUAGAAUUCCAACGAUGCAAUAAGCUGGAAAAAGUGAAAGGAGUGUUGAAAUUGUUAUAAUGGUGAUCUUGAUGACUGUUCUUCAAUUUGACUAAUUUGCGUUUGGUGUUUAGCUGUUUUCUUACUCUAAAUACCCAUACUCCGCGAUGGGAUGAUGUUGGUUUAGUUGUCAAUUUCAGAUGAUGAGCUGUAUUUGUGCAAAAUUGAAAGCUCUUUGAUUUCUUUUGAUUUUGUUUGUACUUUUGUAUAUUUGUCAUCUAGAUUACAACAGCUAAGAUUAUGACAGCCAAUCUUUUACUUGAUUGGUGGUUUCUUUACGUAGCCGGUCGUUGAAUAAUGCUCUUUUAGAUGGUUGUUGCCUUGUUGGUAUCGGUUUGUGAUUACACUGUUGCUUGACCUGUUAAUAUAAGUAGUAAUAAUAAAACUGAACAAUUAUUUUGGGAGGAAUAUCUUUUUGUUUGGACUUUUGUCAAAGACGGAUAAUUUUCGGUUUUCCUCGUUAAAAAGAGAUAUUACUAUUACACAAUACAUUGUGCUGCAGAUGAGAACGCCACCAAUCACGCAUUUUGGUCCAACAAAAUAGGAAACACAUUCCACUUCCAUAACUUGAUUUUUCAUUUUUCUUUAGUUUGAUGACUCGUUGAGCCAUCGUUAUUAGUGUGUUUCAUACUUCCAUCGUAACAGAAGGAUGAUGCCCAUAACUAAC